AGUUUAAUACUAAUAGUUGAAUAGACUGACAAGACAGUGAUGUUUUACUUUUCGCUUUCUUGAGUUCAAAUAUUUUGGAACAUUUGUCAGCCGACAGUUAUUGAAGUAAACCGAAAUAUUGUCUUCAAUUGUAUAGAUUUACAAGUGUUUUAGUUAUGUCAACGUCUGAAACGACUAACGGGCAAGUGGCUACUACUCCAGUAGCAUCGACCGUCGAUGCUCCACCAGAGUCGAGUGUUUCAGAAUCUCAGAAGGUAACUUCCUCUGAGAGUAAUGCUAAAAGGCUGAAAAAUCCCAAGCACAAUGCACCCAUGCGCCAAUAUUUAGACCAAACUGUUGUACCAGCAUUGUUAGUAGGCAUGAAGGAGUUAGUCAAGGAAAGACCUCCUGAUCCAUUGGGUUUUCUAGCUGCAUUUUUAUUGAAGUAUAAAAAGGAACAUGUUGACAAAGACUCAAUUUCAGAAACAUAAACGGAUACAUUUUCUUCAUAAAAAAAAAUAUAACAAUUAUAACUAAAUAGACAUAAAUAAUAAUCACAUCUUAUGCUCUUAAAUUAUUUCUUUGCACUUAAAUUCAAAUAUUUUUCAUUCUGUGUGUACAUAAAAAGUUGUUUGUUUACAAAGGAAAAUGUAAAUUUUUUUUUUCUUAUAUUGUAGAAGGCUGAUAAAGCAUUACAUUUUUUUUUUUUAUAAAGGGUUUAUAAAAGCUAAAACCACUGUUAUAACUCAAUGAUAAACAUGAUUUUAACCCCAUUAUUACUAUUAUGUUGCCAUGGUAAUUGAAUCAUAACAAACGGAUAUAUGUAAAAACAUAUUCAAAUCAUAUAGGUACUCUUAAUCACAAUAGUGUUGUAAUUAUGAUUUAUUGUAUUAAUUAACGAUUUAAUGAUUCAAUUAUUUAUUUUGUAGAUUAAAAAAUCCAAUUACAAUAAAAUUAUGGAGUUAUAUUAUUUAAUUACUAUUUUAAGUUUUGUAAAAUUCUGCUCAUCUAACAGAGAAAUUAUUUCAUUUAUUACACCUGAAAACUGUUCUGAACGCGAGUAUUUUAUUCCCAGUUUAAUGACAUGUAGACAAUGUAACGAUCACCAGAAAUCAUCCUUAGAUCGUAAGUAAUGGAUAUUAAUGAUAAAAUAUGAUAAUAUUAUUAAUAUUUUUUUUUUUGUAAAUCAAGGUUUGAGUUGUAUUUGUGAAAAAAAUAGCAAAAUUAUUGAUAAA